CAUUAUUGUUCCCUGUCGAUCCUCGAAGUCUCGGUCUUUAUCGUUCCCAAGACCCCGUGGCUCUGACAAAUGCACAGGAGCUUUCUUGUCUCAUCGCGCGCUCCAGUCGAUCCAUCUCACGAUCUAUCCUUUCGUUAUCUUUUCCCAAACCCUACCACUGCUUGACUCGAAAGACGACUCGAAUUUCACUUCUAUCCGCUUCAUCCAUUAUUUAGUCCCGAAAGCCUCGUCGUUGCGCGCUCCGCUCGCAAACACUCUCCCUCAUGGGUCGAAGAAAGAUCGAGAUUAAAGCGAUCAAAGAUGAUCGCAAUCGCUCAGUAACUUUCCUGAAACGAAAGGGCGGUCUCUUCAAGAAGGCACAUGAACUCGCAGUUUUAUGCUCUGUGGAUGUUGCAGUUAUCAUUUUCGGUCAUAACAAAAAGCUCUAUGAGUUCUCUUCUUGUGAUAUGCAGGAUGCUCUCUACCGACAUAAAUUUCUCUGUCCUCCGCAUGAACACAAAGGACCAGAAGACUUUAACGGCAAACGCGACGACGAUGACGAUGACGAAGAAGAGGCCACGCCUGCCCCCGAUGAGUUUCAUGCGCCCAGCCAGAACCCUCCUCAGAUGAUGGCUGUGCCUCAUCCUGGCUUCCAACACGUGAAUCACGCACCCUCUGCCUCUCCUCCGAUCCACAACGGCAUGCCCUUUGAUCCGCGGCAUGGUACACCACAGCCACAAGGAGCUUCUAGGCCGUCAUCGAGGAAUCACCUACGUCGCGUGAGCUCGAAUCUUGGGGGUCCUCCCCAUCAUGGAACCCCGCCUCCGCCCCCGCCUUCAAACAACUUUUCCUACAUGCCGAAUCCCUCUGUCUACAAUCCAAACGCACCUCAUAACAUGAGUCAGCAGCCGCCACGUCCUCCUCAAUUUGCGCAUUAUGGGCACCAUCCACAGGGGCCCCAGCAUCAACCACCGCACCCUCAGCAUCAUCAAAUGCCGCCACAUUCUGUGCCUCCCCAGUCGAUGACCCCUCAGCCGAUGCCACUUCACCCCCAUGCGCAUCCACAACAGCAUCACCCACAGCAUCACCCACAGCAUCACCCACAGCAUCCCCCGCACGCUCUCGCACAACCACCCACUACUAUGGCGAUGUCACAGCCACCUCAUCCAUCCAUACCUCAUGUGGCUCAGCCGUAUAUGGCAGACCAACAUCCGCAUCCACAGCGCACAGCAUCCCUCCCUGAGGCACAGUCAGACCAACUGCAAGCGAAUUUGAAAACGGAAAGAGCACAAUCUCCUCCUCUUAUAAAACCCCUUUCGAAUGCAAAAUCGCGUAGUAUCUUUACGCCGAUUGACGACCAUGGGUCUGUUUUGGCACGCAAUUUUAUUGUAGGGUUUGGGGACAAUGCAAGCGUCAAGACCGAGUCAGUACAGAAUGAAGCCGAUGAGAAAAAGCCGCUGAAGAAACCCUCACCUCCGGUACGGGCCAAAACCGAAGCUCCUCCUUCCAACCCUCCAUCAGAAAUCAAACCCCCUGUGCGAACCAACAGUGGCACAUUAGGGUCCAAGCGACCACAACUGAAAGUCCAGAUACCGAGCGAGAAUUCAGACCGGGGUAGCGCGACCGCGGAAUCAUCGUCCUCUGCGGGAAAUAAGGCUGUAACUUCUGCAAAACUGGAUGCGAGUCAUCCGGGUGUAGUAUUGCCGCCGCCUUCUCCAUCGGCAGGUGCGAUACACAGUGCAGGUGCUCAAGGGCCGCCGAAUCCGUUUGCCAGGCCCCCGCCUCCGUCGACCACGGCCGCGGCGGCACAGAACACCACUGCUUACAACAACAAUAACAACAUCGAGACGCCGAUCUCGGCCUUGCCAAGCAGGUUUGUCUCGGAUGCGCUUCUUCCGUCACCAUCCAGUUUCUUUCCCGCCGAGUGGGGAUUUGGCAGGUCUGGUCCAGACAGCAAUAUACUCCCGAGUCCGCUAGUGUUUCCCACUCCCCAGGUGCAGAACGGUCCAGGCUUUGGGCGAGAAGAAGAGCAAGAUAAGAAGCGCAAGAGCCCAGACGGCGGCCCCACGGGGGAAGGCGCUGCAAAGAAAGCAAAAACAUGA